AUGUCUAUGGCACAAUCGGACGUCGUCGUCGCAGUUAGGGAAAUCCCUAACGAUAUGCUACAGGAAAUCCUGAUGAAGCUGCCGACCAAGGACGUGGCCCGCUGCUGCUGCGUCUCCAGGCAGUGGCGCAGCGCCCUCGGAGACCCCUCCUUCCGCAAGCUCCACGCAGCGAGCCAUGCCGCGCUCUCGGCAGAGCCCGAGUUCUUGCGCUUAUCCGGUGUACCAUGCGGUAUCGGCCAGAGCGUCAAGACCAGUGUCUUCAGCUUAUCGUCGGAUAAAUCCAUGUGCUCCAUCGCCAAGCCCGAAGGUUACGGCCUCGCCGACAUCUGCAACGGCCUCCUUUGCUUCGUGGACGAGCACGGUGCUCAGGCACCGGCGCUGGUGUGCAACCCCGUCACCGGCGAGACGCUGGAGCUUCCGGCGGCCCCUCCGCUCAGCAACAAGGAUCAUGCGUAUUUCUUUGCCUUUGGGUUCAGUCCGCCCACCAACGAGUACAAGCUCUUCCGUCUCUCUUUCCCGCUAUGCUCGUACUCCUCCGAAGAACAACGGGUGAACGUGGACGUCUACACCUUGGGUGACGCCCGCGGAUGGCGCAAAGACUCGUUCCUCUCAUCCUCUCGCCCACUAACCAGAGGAAAUGACACUUCGACGCCAGUACUGAUCGAUGGUAAACUUCACUCUAACACAAAGGGCUGGAAUGCACCCAUGUGGCAGGUGGCUGCCGGAGUGCUGGUAGUGGACGUGCCUACCGAGACGUGCCACGCCUACCCUCUCCCGGACGAUCUCGGGACCUAUCGAUACGAUAAUCCACUGGCCUUUGAGCUCAAGGGGCAGCUGUGCCUCGCCGCACACGUGCUCAACAGCUAUAAUCGCCCCAAGGCCCUCCGCUUCUGGGUCAUGGCCACGGAGAACAAGGAAUCGGACGGCGAGAAGGAGCCGCACUGGGAGUUGCGCUACAGCUUCUUCGUGCAGGUGGAACCUCCGAUCCCCAUUCGAUGGCCAUGGAGCUGUGUGUCCUGGAGUGCAUGGUUUCAACAUGAGACGCUCUUCUACACGUGCAACGACACCUUGUACAAGUAUGACACGAGGUCGUCCGUUCCUGACCACGGUCGACUGCUGCAGUGGGACAAGCAGCUCCAACGGAUACCGCCAUAUGAAUGGCUAUGGUUCAUCCAUCGGGGUUACCGUCCAACUCUGGUCUCGCCUCGCAUCUUUGAAUUACCACCGUCACAAGACGAGACGAUAAUGGACGUAUGCUCUUAA